CGGUAAAGACUAGGGUCCAAUACUUGAAUUCCCCAUCUUCAGCAAAUCAUAACUAAGCGAAGAAUAUAGAAACUCGAAACUCCGUGAAAACCCUCUCUCAGAAUCCCCAAUUUCUUAAUCAAAAAUUCAUUCGGGUGUUUACAAAUCUCCUCAACAUUAAUUGAUUCAUCAUCAAUGGAGAACGACGAAGAAAGUAGUUCAGGUCACAUGAUGGACGAGAUCUACUCCAACGGAGUCGGUGACGGUGAUGAAAAACAGCGUCACAGACCAAUCAUAAGUGGCGAACAACUAGACGUAGAAGCAUACGCAUCUUGUUACUCUGGUAGAACUAAGAUCAUGCGACUAUUAUUCAUCGCCAGUAACAGUGAUGAUAACCCUACGAUGCAACUUGAAGCCCUAAGAAUGGCAUAUGAUGAAAUAAAAAAAGGGGUUGAUUCUCAGUUGUUUAAAGAAGCGGCACAAAAAAUUGAUGGUAGAUUGGGACCUAAUUAUGGGAUGGAUACUUCGUGGAUUGAGGCUGUUGAAAGAAGGGCUGAGCAGAGGAAAGAGAAACUUGAGAACGAACUUAAUGCUUAUAGGACAAAUUUGAUAAAAGAAAGCAUCAGGAUGGGAUACAAUGAUUUUGGAGAUUUCUAUUAUGCUCACGGGCAGCUUGCAGAUGCCUUCAAGAGUUAUGUCCGUACUCGUGAUUAUUGCACUACAGCAAAGCAUAUUGUCACUAUGUGUCUAAGUGCUAUUCUUGUUAGUAUUGAGAUGGGUCAAUUUUCGCAUGUUACAAGCUAUAUAAGCAAAGCAGAGCAAACGGAGGCCCUAGAUCCUAUCAUCAUUGCAAAACUUCGAUCUGCUGCUGGAUUGGCUUACUUAGAGUCUAAAAAGUAUAAACUUGCUGCUCGAAAGUUCUUAGAAGUUGGUCCUGAGCUGGGUAACAAUUAUUCUGAAGUGAUUGCUCCCCAAGAUGUUGCAACCUAUGGUGGACUAUGUGCGCUUGCUACUUUUGAUCGGACUGAGCUCAAGAAUAAAGUUAUAGACAACCUUAAUUUCAGAAAUUUCUUGGAACUUGUACCAGAAAUUAGAGAGCUUAUCAAUGAUUUCUAUUCAAGCCAUUAUGCUUCUUGCCUUGACUAUCUGGGAAAUCUUAAAGCCAAUCUAAUGCUGGAUAUACAUCUACAUGACCAUGUUGAAACUUUAUACAAUGAUAUCCGCCACAAGGCACUCAUUCAAUAUACACUUCCUUUUGUGUCGGUUGAUCUGAACAUGAUGGCUAAUGCUUUUAAAACAAGUGUGGCUGGCUUACAGAAAGAGCUUGAGGCUUUGAUUACAAACAAUCAAAUACAGGCUAGAAUUGAUUCCCACAAUAAAAUCUUGUAUGCACGUCACGCAGACCAGAGAAAUGCUACUUUCCAACGUGUGCUACAAACAGGUGCUGAUUUCAAUCGAGAUGUAAAGUCAAUGUUACUCAGAACAAAUAUAAUCAAGCAUGAUUUCUGUCAGAGGCAGACAAGGAAGAUGUGAUCUUUGAGUUGUCAGCAUUCAUGAAGUCGAUAUGAUGAAAAUCGAGAAUACAGAAGCAUUUUUGGAGGGCAUUAAUCCAUUGAAGAAUUGCAAUGUUUCUGCUUUGCACAGUUCUUAUCUUCCUCUUGUGCAUACUUGGACACUUGAUUCAGUAGUAGUUUCGAUAUUCGCUCUCAUUUUCUUUUUCCAAGGCCAGUCGGAUUACUAUCAUUUAAAAAGAAGGACUGAUUCCCGGAUUUCUGUGUCCUUGAUCUCUCUUUAUUAUCUCCCGUCCCAUUACUAGGCACUAUGUUGUUAAAGACGUUCUUUAACUGGAAAUCUUUGCUUUAUUUAAGUCGGCUGAAACACAACAAGAGCGUAAAUUGUAUGGAAUUCAUGUUCAAAUUUUGCGGAAUGUAAGAAACACAAGUAUAAAAUCGAUAAUGUAAUAGGACUUUUGCGCCCAAUAGGAAGAAAAACGUCGACUACUUGGUAUUAUCACUCAAAUAUUCGUCAAUUGGUUGUAAUGUAUCACAAACUCUUGGCCAAAAUUGAGAUUCUAUGUAAACUCAACUUUUGUUUA